AUGGCCUUUUCACUUGCAUCAAGAGCUAACCAUUUUUUGGCCUUCGGCAAUUACUUUCACUUGCAUCAACCCUCUUCUCGCCAUUUGGCCACACGCGCAACAUCCUACACGCUCAACACCGGCGCGAAAAUCCCGGCACUCGGAUUCGGCACGUUCCAGGACUCCGAUUCUCAGGAGAAAACUGUUAGCCAGGCCCUACAAAAGGGAAUGCGUCUGAUUGAUACAGCUCGAGUCUACAAUGUUGAGCGUGAAGUCGGAAGGGGAAUCAAGAGUAGCGGCAUUCCUCGCGAUGACAUUUUUCUCGGCACAAAGUUGUGGUGCAAUGACUACCAUCCUGGUGAUGUCGAGCGUGCUUUGGAUAAUUCCCUGCAAGAUCUAGAUACGACAUACGUCAAUCUGCUGUUGAUGCACUAUCCCUGCACCUUCAAGCGAGGUUCCGAUCGAUUUCCUCGCGAUGCCGAUGGUAGAAUGAUUCACGGUGAUACAACAUAUCUGGACACAUGGAGGGCAAUGGAGAAGUUGACUAAGAGUGGCAAGGUCAAAGCUAUUGGAGUCUCCAACUUCAGCAAGGGUGAGAUUGAAACCUUGAUCAACAAGAGUUCCACUGUCCCAGCUGUUCAUCAAAUGGAGGUCCACCCGUAUCUACAACAGAAAAUAUUCAACGAGUGGCUAAAGUGCAAAGGAAUCCGCGUUGUCCAAUUCAGCCCCCUAGGUAAUAUGAAUGACUUCUACCGACAAACAGGAUGGUCCAAGGAGAUUUCGCACAUGAUGCGCGUAGUCGAUCAGCCUAUUCUCAAGGAAAUUGGCACCAAGUAUAGGAAGAGUCCGGUACAAGUAGUACUCGCGUGGGGUAUUAAUAGCGGCCGUUCCGUUAUCCCCAAAAGUGUUGUGGAUUGGCAAGUUGAGGAGAAUAUGCAAGCGGAUUUUGAACUUGAACCUGAGGAUAUGGCUCAGAUUGCGACACUUGAUUCACAGGCUCGUUUCAAUGACCCCAGUUUAGAUUAUGAGUGGCGUCUGUAUAGUGAUUUGGAAGGUAUUGAUGGUACCAUGAGAGGGAAAACCCACUAG